GCGACAUUAACAUGGAAGUUCAGAGAGGACUGAGAUUUACACACAUAGCGCGCAGAGAAUAACAAUUCAACUGUUAACCAGACCAACCAAACGUAUUUAAACUAGUUUAUCUGGAAGAAGGGCGUUUUUCUGAAGUAAUGAAAAUGCUGGGCAUGUACGUGCCGGAUAGAUUCGCGCUGAAGUCCUCUAAAGUUCAGGACGGGAUGGGGCUGUACACUGCCAGGGCAGUCAAGAAGGGCGAGAAGUUCGGUCCGUUUGCAGGUGAAAAGCGUAUGCUGAGUGACUUGGAUGAAAGCAUGGAUCCUCGAUUGAUGUGGGAGGUUCGAGGGAGUAAAGGAGACGUGCUGUAUAUACUGGACGCCAGUAAUCCUCGUCAUGCCAACUGGCUUCGCUUCGUCCACCAGGCCCCAUCACAGGAGCAGAAGAAUUUGGCUGCCAUACAGGAUGGAGAGAAUAUCUUUUAUCUUGCUGUGGAUGAUAUUGAGACGGAUACAGAGCUUCUUAUUGGUUACCUGGAUAGUGACAUGGAGGAGGAAGAAGAGGACAACGAGGAAGAUGAGGAUAUCAAAGAUGAAGAUGAGAACAGUAAAGAUAGCAAGCACCUCAACACAGAAACAGAUCUGGUGAUUAAGAAAGAAGAUUACCCAUGUCUGUUAUGCGAGAGCAGCUUCCCAAGUGAAGAUGUGUUAGCUGAACAUCUGCAAAGUCUUCAUCAGAGAGGAAGUGCAGAGGACAAAGAGUUUAAAUGUCGCUCCUGUGGUAAAGAGUUUCCUGUCAAACAAGCCCUACAGCGCCAUGUUCUUCACUGUACAGAGAGCUCGGGGACAACAGGAGACCCUUCAGCGGUUCAUCAGUGUGCCUUGUGUCAAAGCACUUUCUGUUCUGAGUCCAGCUUUGAGCAGCAUAAAGAAGCAUGUAAAGGAGAUGGCAGAUUCAUCUGUAAGGCUGACAGCUGUGGGAAAAGAUUUAAGAGUAAAGACGCCCUGAAGAAACACAAAGUCAAUGUCCACACAGGGAGCGCUCGCAGGAAGUUGAUAUGCACCAUCUGUAAUAAGAAGUGCUCAUCCUCACUCAACCUGCAGGAGCACCGCAAGAUUCAUGAGAUAUUUGACUGUACUGCCUGCGAUAAAAAGUUCAUCUCCACAAAUCAAUUGAAGCGGCACAUGAUCACACAUUCCGAAAAACGUCCGUACACCUGUGAGAUCUGCAACAGAAGUUUUAAGCGUCUGGAUCAGGCCACGGCUCAUAAGAUCAUCCACAGCGAAGACAAACCGUACAAGUGUAAGCUGUGCUGGAAAGAGUUCGCCCACCGUAACGUCUACAAGAACCAUAAAAAGACUCAUUCAGAGGAGAGGCCGUUCCAGUGUGAAGAAUGUAAGGCCCUGUUCCGCACGCCGUUCUCCUUACAGCGCCACCUCUUGAUUCAUAACAGUGAGAGGACGUUUAAGUGCGACCAGUGUGACGCCACUUUCAAACGUAAGGACACACUCAACGUGCACAUUCAGGUGGUGCAUGACGGACACAAGAAGUACAAGUGUGACCUAUGUGAGAAGGCUUUUGUCACGCCCUCCGUGCUUAAGAGCCACAAGAAGACCCAUACAGGAGAGAAGGAAAAGAUCUGCCCAUAUUGUGGACAGAAGUUUGCCAGUAAUGGAACUUUGAGAGUGCACAUCCGCAGUCACACAGGUGAACGGCCGUAUCAGUGUCCAUACUGUGACAAGGCCUUCAGCAAGAAUGACGGUCUUAAGAUGCAUAUACGUACACACACACGGGAAAAGCCGUAUAAAUGCAGUGAGUGCAACAAGGCCUUCAGUCAAAAACGUGGAUUGGACGAACACAUGCGCACACACACCGGCGAGAAGCCCUUCCAAUGUGACGUGUGUGAUCUGUCCUUCAGUCUGAAGAAGAUGUUGAUCAGACACAAGCUGACCCAUAACCCAAACAGACCCAUGGCUGAAUGCUCCCUGUGUCACAAGAAGUUCACACGCAACGACUACCUCAAAGUUCACAUGGAGAACGUUCACGGAGAGACGGAGGGAUAGACAAUCAUGUAUGAUACGCAAGCCAUAUGUAACACAGUUAUACAAAUGAUGUGGACAUACAGUAUAGUAUACAAAACACACGUUUACAUGGAUCUGUUUUUCACACUCAGGUGUGUCUGGAUGUUCCAAAUAUCUACAUGAUCACUUAUCUACCACAUCAUAGUUCAUUCCCUUCAUCAUUGACAUUAAACACAAUAUCAUACAAUCAGAUCAUUUAUUGAGCAGAGCUUUAUAUUGUAGAGAAAUCAACAUUAGCAUGGCAGUGUGCAAUUGUACAGAAAUUGAAAAACUAUAUGCAUAUUAUUGUUUUGUUUACUUUUUUAUAAAUGUUUAUUAAAGUUUUUUUAAAGUGCGUGACCAAAGAAAAUGUCUUGCCAAUUUUCAACAAUCCUUUAAAGUUCAUUGGUUUACAUGUUUCCAUUACAUUUAAAUGUAUAAAUCAGUAUUUGUCGUUUUAUAUUGUCAGUAUUACAUCAGGUUUACAUGUGGCUUUUAUUUGACAUCUUGUGGUUUUAAUUUGGGAAGUUUAUUACACUUUUAGGUUUUGUUUUGAGGAAUGACUUAUGUGGUCAGUCUGCUGUUUAAUUUUUUGUCAGCAGAAGCAUUUUAACCACCUUGCCCCUACCACUCGUCGUAUAUAUUACAGGAUAUACUGGAGUACAAAAGAACCGUCUGUCUUCUCACAUCACUGUUUGCUUUUGUUCAUAAUAAACAGUAGGAUUUUAGUAAACUGGUGUUAGAGGAAUCAGAUGUGCUUUGAUAUGUUUUUUAAAGAUGGUUACCGUUGUGAAUUACUCCGUAGUUAAAUGCACUUUUCUAAAACCAAACUCUAUAGUGCCACACUAAACUCCUCCAUAUGGAAGAGGCAGUGCUAUAAUAAACAUGCCAGGACUUCAAUAGUCAUCAUAGUCCUCUACAGUACUGUACAUUGCAGAGCUGAGCUGCUCAUUUGGGUAAUGCAGGUUCAAGUCUGGCAUGCAACAAGUCUGGAUUCCAUUGCUUCUUUCUUUGAUAUCAUCUUGUCAUUCAUGACCUGUCUAAAACCAAAUAAAAAAGACCAAAUAAAUAAACUGAUAUAGAGAUGA